GUCAGAGAGCCUUUUGUACAAUAUUUAUUUGUUUGUUUAUACAUACAUACAUUUAUUUAAUCAAGUUCGAACUAUCCAUCUAUAGUCGCGCGUCGUAGAAAUUACAUGUAAAUAAGAUGCUGUACCCCAUUUUGAUCACAAUCUAUUCCCCCCAUUACUAAUAAAGAACUAACAAAACGACUUGUUCAUCUUCCAAUUUUAGGGUGGCGGUGUAGUUUCUUAUGAAAUUACUUGUUAACUUUAACCUACGAGUUUUGAGUCUCACAUGCUUAUUUAAAUUAUUUAACAUUAAGGUCCUGUUAUGCCGUGAAAAAACGACACACGAAAGUGGCCAGAAGCUACAAAAGUUCUCGGUGAAGACCGCAAAGGAACUUGGAACCAUGGGCGGUUGCACAAAACAUUUUUCUUAAAGUCUUACUUAGUUUCCUUACAAUACAAUCGGUUGCGACAAACACAUAAAGGUUCUCCCCUUAGGGUUCCUUAAAGAUGUUCAAGGGAACAAUUAGGUGCAGGAAGUCGAAUUCGCCACAUUUGCUUGUUUUUGUUCGAAGUUUUCUUGCUUGUAUUCAAAAUGACGUUAUCUCUUUCGAAGUGCCAAUUUUGACGUUUCUGAAAUUCUAAAAGACGUAAUAAUAGUCACGUGACAAGCGUUCUUAAAUACGUAGCUCGACGCAAUACUUGGCAUUUGCAUGAAAAUGAACUCAGGUGGUUGGUGUGUUUUGAGAGCUGGUGAAGACUACAGACGUCGACAAGCAAUGGCAUUUCCCUCCUUCCUGCAUAUCCUCCUCAUCUUCUCCCUGGUGGGCAGCGGCUUUGCGGAAGAUGAGGCUUCUCCUGAAGGCUGUGGCUCUUUCCUGAAGAGGCCGCUGUGUAACCUGCAUGCAGUGUGGGGCCAGGCAGUGACAUUGGCGGCAGGCAUAGGGGCCCUAGCCUCACUGAUCCUGGCCCUGGUGCUGUUCUGCCGCCUGCGUCAAAUCACAGAGCCUGAGGCUCGCAGUGGGGUGGCACCGCUGCUCCUACUCCUCGCCACCGUCCUCAUGCUCUGCGUCCUCAGUUUUGCGUAUGUCAUCGAGCGGGACGACACUGUCUGUAUUGCCCGGCACUCCCUCUGGGGGGCACUGUUUGUCCUGGCCACAGCAUGCCAAGCGACCCAGGGUGCACGACUGCUCAAGUGCUCCGGUUUCAGACCCCUGGCAGGGGUGCUGAUCGGCAUGGCCAUAAUGCAGGGCAUAGCCAUUCUCCAAUGGAUCCUGGCAAUUGCACUGCACCCGGGCCAGCCCGUCUGCCAGUACCAUCCGCCACAUUUCAGCUUGGCUUGCAUGUACGGGCUGGCCCUGCUCCUAGCACUGCCAUUGACCUUGGCCUGUGGCUUGUUUCAGGGGCAGCCACAGUGGAUAUGCCGGGCCUUGUGUCUGCUCCUCAUGAGCAUCGCUUCACUCCUUAUUUGGGUGUUUUACUUAUUUUAUCAAUUCAAAAAAGUGUUUCCUGACCAGUCCUCCAGCUGGAAGGACCAGUUACAGGCAGAGGUACUGGUGGCACAGGCCUGGCUGCUGCUGGUUCUCCAUGUCGCUCCUCAAGCUCAUGCCUGCCUGCGCCCAGCCCCGCAGCCCUCUGGUACAGAUGAUGUUCGGGAGCAGGCCCAGCCCCGCCUGAGGGAGGCCAGUAUAGAGGAGGGCCUUCCCCUGUCCCCCCAGCCCAGUGUAGAGAGCCAGGGCUCUCCAUCACGCAGCAGCUCAGGAACCCAUGCCCUCCACCUCCACCGGAAUAUAUCACAUUUGGCAUACACAGUCAUCUGGAUUUUGAGGAGGAUGGCUCUGCUUAAUUGGCCAUGGACCAGCUGCUGCUCCCCACUGGACAUCUGCAAGAUUAUUAAUACUUACAUGAUUAAAAUAUGUAAUUUUUAUGACCAUCUGUGUAAUUGGUGUGUUUUGUUGCUAAAGGGUUAAAUAAGCAUUUAAUUGUAUUCACUAUAUGAUGUAUAAGAAGAUUCAUGCUGGAGAUUCUCUAGAAUUAAUUUGUAUUUUAUAUCCACAAUUUAACAUAAUUUACUAAAGCUUUCAUGUUUUAUUUUAAUACGAAGGAGCACAGUCCCUUUAUUUGGGCACUCACCUGCUAUGCUCUGUGUUACGUCCACAACACUGCUGAGUAAUCGGCAAGACAACAUUUAAACAAUGGUUUUAGACUGAUUUUGACUUGAUUUUUAGUGACGUCUAAUCAGGUAAACAUGACAGUUAUGUUCAGGGGUCAAUACUAUGGGACAUUCUGACCUACAUUGUGACCAAAAUGCAUUUUCUUACCAUGUCACAGACCUUUUGUUCUUUCGUAUGAUUUCUUAUCCAAGGUAGGGUUAUGGUGAGUCUGAAAUCUAUAAGCAGGCACAAAGAAGGGUCUCAUUCUGCCCAUUCAGUCCUAUGGGAAAAACCCAAAUCCAACAAUGACAAUCUGAACCGU